AUGAGUGCCUUACCCACAAGCUCAGUUCUUGGAGUGUAUAUUUCAGGAAGCAUAUCCAGAGGAUAUAACUCACAAUAUUUCAGCAGAAAAAAAAACUACUUCCAGUGUUGGUUCUAUGCUCAUUACAACUUCACCUUAGCAGCAUUUUGGUCACCAUUUUUGGUUAAAUCCGGAGCUGCAGAGAUCAAUGGUCUCAUCAGCAUUUACCUCGAUGAAGCCGAUGAUGAAUGGACAAACGAGAUCGAGCAAUUCGACUACGUGAUCGUUUCAGUCGGACAAUGGUUCUUCCGGCCACUGUUAUUCUACUGGAGCAGUCAACUCAUCGGAUGUCAUAUAUGUAACCAAAACAACGUUACAAGCAUUUCCAAGUACUAUGCAUACAAGAUGGCCUUCAGAACAGCUUUCAAAACUCUUCUGAGCCUUAAGAACUACACCUGCACCACGUUUUUACGGACGUUUUUGGCAUCACAUUUCGAGAACGGAGACUGGGAUAAAGGAGGGAACUGCGGUAGAACGAGGCCUUUUACAGGUAAUGAAAUGAAGCUGCAAGAGUUCAACACGGAGUUUUACUGGGUUCAAGUUGAGGAACUGAGAAAAGCAGAGGAAGAAGGGAAGAAAAUUGGGUUAAGGUUUGAAGUGAUAAACGCCACUGAAAUCAUGUGGCAGAGACCAGAUGGGCAUCCAAAUGGUUAUGGACACUCCUUGCAUAAGAAUGCAACAGUGUAUGAUUGUGUUCAUUGGUGUUUGCCAGGCCCAAUUGACACAUGA